AUGUUAAGCUUUGAUUUUGGUCCUGGUUAUGGCUUUGGGAAUAGUAAGGCUUACUACGGGCCGCAGGAGUUUUAUGCCGACCCUGGUCCUAGUGUCGAUCCGACCUGUGGAAUCAGGUUAUCGGCUGGAUCUACGAUCGCUCGCAUGAUUACAAAUACCUUUAAGCAAUGGAACAACACUGACGGUGUCAAUUGGAAGGCUGUAUCGGAAGAGACAAAAGAAUUUUAUUGGGAAGAAUUUAAGAAAAAAUACUUUUGGGAGUCCUUCGAAGAAUCAGGGAUAAAGGAUGCAUGGAGAUCAAAGGCAGUUCAUUGGAAUGACCCUGAGGUUAUUCAACGGUCAGAGAUAUAUUCUAGAAACCACCGUGGUGCUGCAAAUACUUUUGGACAGUCCACCCACGCGGGCAGAUCCAUAACAUAUGCUGAAUGGUUUGAUAAAUUGGAGAAAGAAUUGAGUCGAAAGCCAACUCCAACUAAGUUGUUUGCCCACACUCACACUCGAAAGCAUGAAAAAGAAAUUUUUGUGGACCAAAAAUCGAAGGAGAUGCAUGACUCUAUAGUGGCUAGGAGGGAGGAGCUAACAGAAACUACACCUGACAACAUCGAUGAGAACCAACUUUAUUUGAAUGUAGUCAGAGGCGAGGAGAAGAGAUGGAAGGUAUAUAGCCUUGGAUCUGAAUCAUCUACUUUUUACCUAUUAGUUGGAGCAUCUUAG